AUGCAAACCAAUAAUUCCUUCCCCCCUUCGCCCACUGUUUGCCAUUCCGGCACUCCACCAGAAUCUUCUACUUCUACUGUGGAGUUGAAGCUCUACUCCAUUCUCGAAGCUUGGCUAGUUUAUAGACAAUCAGAGAAGCGCAAGAUAUGUCAGGCACCCGGCGGAACCGAGCUUGUACAGGCGCUGAAGAUUUUCCUUGAGUUGAACUUAAGGGAUACUAAACUCUCCGAAGGGAAAGCCAAAAAUCAGACUUCACAGUUACGCAAAGUACAGCGAUUUACGAGAACGAAGCAUGACUCAAGUACGAAAAUUGCGCCUCGAAACCGCGGUAGAAACAGGAGAGAUACGAAGUUUAUACUUGGUGGCUCUCCGGAGAGUGAUACGAAUCAGCUUGAGGAACACAACAAUGACAAGGAGAGGAUCGAAGAUGUUGACACGAGAGAGGGGAUAGCUGAACGAGGGAGGCUAUCCACGGACAUCGAUACGAUUUUAACGACCAAGCUAAAUGGAACUCCAGGCACCUCCAAAUGCCAACAAACCAGGCAUCGGAGCGAAGAACCCAAUGUCUCCGAGGAGCACAGUCGAGGAUGUCACAGCUAUACCGAUGCUGACAGUGACGGCAGCCUCCGCAUUUCGGAGAAAGGCAUAGACGACGAAAACGAAGACGAGUGGGAAGAUGAUGAUGGCUCUUUCCAGCGUAUCGACUCUAAAUUGGAGACUAUUACGCAAACAUCCCUUAUCACCACACUAUUCGGAAACCCGUCGAGUUGUAGUAUUCAAGAGAUUGAGCCGAGUUCUGCUCCUCGUCCAAUACCGACCUCCUCCUCGUUCAUAGUUCAGCCGCCGAUACUCUCGCCACGUACUGCUCGCCGCAACAUGUUCUCUAAAGAGUUGCCUCAAUCAUUACGGAAACAACUGAUUAGGGACCGCCAGAUCAACAAGACAACCAUCUUCGGAAUAUUCGAACCAUCGACUCUACUUCUAAACAAGCCCCGGACACGCAAAAUAGCCCCGUCUCAUAAUAGGUAUUUUGAUGCUGGACUUCUUGAUUAUCAUGAGAGAGGAUGGUAG